AUGGUGAUAAGCUGGCUUCUUAACUCUCUUCACAAGGAAAUCGCAGAGAGCGUUCUAUUUCUCCCAACUGCGAAAGAAAUUUGGUCUGAGUUACAUCAGAGAUGUUUAGUUGCUUUGGCUGUAAAAAGAGGGUGGGAUAUUCAUCAAUUUGAUCAAGCAUCUCGACAAUGGUAUGAUAAAUUGUCUAAAACUCUUAUCACAAAAGGAUAUUCCAGAUCAGCUAAUGGUUAUUCAUUAUUCAUCAAGAAAUCUUCUACUUCAAUGGUUAUUAUUGCUAUAUAUGUUGAUGAUCUUCUUGUAACUGGAAAUGAUCCAACAGAAAUUUUGAACAUCAAAAACUCUUUGCAUGACCAAUUCAAAAUAAAGGAUUUGGGACAAAUACAUUACUUCCUUGGAUUGGAAUUCAACAAGAUUGAUACGGGAUACAUUGUUCAUCAACAAAAGUUUAUCAAAGAUCUUUUACAGACUUAUUCAAUCAUGGAUCUGCCCACUACAACUAUGCCUUUGCCAGCAAAGCUCCAAUUGGUUCAUAAAAUGGAGAAUCCUUUAGUAGAUCCUACACUCUACAGGCAAUUAAUUGGAAAAUUGAACUUCCUAAUGCAUACCAGACCCGAUUUGGCUUUCUCAAUUCAACAUUUGAGUCAAUUUAAUCAAACACCAUCUCAAUCUCAUUAUGAUGCAACUAUUCAUGUAUUACAAUACUUGAAGGGGACAAUUUCUCAAGGUUUGCAUUUCAAUAACAAUUCAUCUAUCAAGCUCGAAGCUUUUUGUGAUUCAGAUUGGGCUGCAUGUCCCAUUACACGAAGAUCAGUCAGUGGCUUCUUUAUACUUUUUGGUGGUACUCCUAUUUCUUGGAAAUCAAAGAAGCAACUUACUGUGUCACUUUCUUCAUCUGAAGCAGAGUACAGAUCAAUGCGUAGAGUUUGUACUGAAUUAGCAUGGAUCAGUCGAUUAUUUGAGGAACUUCAAGUAGAAAAUUUGACACCCAUUCCAUUAAAAUGUGACAAUCUUUCUGCAAUUUACAUUGCAACCAAUCCUGUCUUCCAUGAACGUACCAAGCAUAUUGAGAUAGAUUGUCAUUAUGUUCGAGAGAAGUUACAGGAUAGCUUAAUCAGUUUAUCUCACAUUAAUACCAAAGAUCAAUUAGCAGAUGUAUUCACGAAGAAUUUAAGUGGUAUUAAUCAUAAAGAUGCAGUUUCCAAGCUUGGUUUCUCCUCAUAUCCACCAGCUUGA